AUGCAAUUUAUGUUUUACCUGACACUCUUAACUGCACUUGGCACCAUGGGGAUAAAUGAAACCACGAGGCGCCAAGCCAACGUAACAACAGUGGAGGGAGAAGGAGAGCAAUGCUCAACCUGCGAAUUCAGAGAACAGAGCAGACUAAUGAGACUUCACAACAUCAGAUCCCAAAUUCUCAGCAUUCUGAGGCUCGAGGAGGCUCCAAACAUCAGCCGAGAUAUGAUCAUGCAGCUCUUACCGAAAGCGCCCCCCUUGACACAACUUAUGGACCAGUAUGAGCAUCGUGUGGAGGAUGAGGAGCGUGCCACCACUGAAACGAUCAUAACCAUGGCCAAACCUGGACCAAUGUCACAAGAAGACGGAAUACCAUCUUGUUGUUUCUUCAAUCUCAGUCCGAAAAUUCGACCUAACAACAUCUUACAUGCACAACUUUGGGUGCACUUGCGGCCGGCUGACACGGUCACAACUGUCUUCUUGCAAAUCUCCCGCAUAAAAGCAACCACUGAGGGAAACUCGCGCAUACGGAUCCUCUCCUUGAAGAUCGAUGUAGCUUCUGGUGCAAGCUCUUGGCAAAGUGUAGACAUCAAUCAAUUACUCAAAACCUGGCUUCGUCAGCCAGAGACUCAUUAUGGUCUCGAGAUCAAAGCUUAUGAUUCGAAAGGGCAGGACUUGGCUGUCACAGUAGCGGAGCUGGGAGAAGAGGGACUGCAACCCUUCAUGGAGGUGAAGAUAUUGGAGAACCUAAAGCGAUCCCGGAGGGACUCAGGCCUGGACUGUGAUGAGGAGUCCUCAGAGACACGGUGCUGCCGCUACCCCCUCACCGUGGACUUUGAGGCCUUUGGCUGGGACUGGAUCAUUGCCCCCAAACGCUACAAGGCCAACUACUGUUCUGGAGAGUGUGAGUACAUGCACCUCCAGAAGUACCCCCACACUCACCUGGUGAACAAGGCUAACCCACGGGGUACGACAGGGCCCUGUUGUACUCCAACUAAGAUGUCCCCCAUCAACAUGCUCUACUUCAACCACAUGGAGCAGAUCAUUUAUGGGAAGAUACCAUCAAUGGUGGUGGACCACUGUGGCUGCUCCUGA